UGUAUGUAUGUAUGUAUGUAUAUAUAUAUAGUGAAACCUUUAGCACCACUUAUUACAAGAUGUAAAAUAAUGUACAGUAUGUUUUUUUUCAAGCUUCUUUCUAUAAUUCUGUGUGAACUAGAAAAACUCCAAACAGAAUUUUAACUUGUGCAACCAAUUCUUGUGUCUACCAAUCAUUGAAUAUGUAUGUUUAUCAAUGCCACCUGGACAAAAAAAAACAACACAAUCAUUGAUGCCCCAAAAUGAAUAUGACAUCCAUGUCUUCUAUAAACUGUAUCGCUUCAGUGUACACACCCUCUAAAUAUCACUUUGACCGCUAGUCUGCAUAUACUGCACAGCUGACCACUGUGGGUCACAUUUGUAUUUUUAGACCAGCAUAGGCACUUGGAACACGUAGGGAAAGUAGUGUGUAAAUAUAGAUUUACUAUGUUGCUCUACAGCUGGUUGUAUUUAUAUCUUUUUACUGCAACGUGUAUCUCCUAUAAGAAACGUGCAUUAUUUUCUGCACACAUUAGAUAACUGAGGACAAACAUAAAGUGUGGGAUUUGUGUUUAAAUGUGUAAAUAUUAACACCAUAAAUUCCGGACUAUUUAUUCCACUUUUUUUUUUCCUACGCUUUGAACCAAGCGGCUAAUUUUUGGACUUUUCUUCGCUAAGGGCCUUAAUUUUUUGUAUUCAACAAAUAGUUUUCAAAUACGCCGGCAGAGACACUGAAAACGGUGUUAUUGUUUGUGGAACGGCGCCAUCUUGUGGACGAGUUCCCUCACCGCAGGUGCUUCCGGUUGAAUAUCUACUUCCUGUUUCUGCUUUAAACCGGAAGUAAAACCGUCCAUAGCGUUUCUGCUUGAAGGGAUUCUUAAUUCAUCACUCCAAGCAACGUUUGUAAGUUUUACAAUAUAACUAAAAUAAUUCUUACUUACUAAACCGUCCCAUGUGUGAUGUCUGUAGGAGUGUUUUCAUGCAUAUUUGUACGUGCUAUCGUAGUGUAAUGAUGCUAGCGUCGUUAGCAUUAGCUAAAUUGCUAACAUGUUUACGAGUGUCUGUGUUAGUAUUUUUAACUUACAAUGGCAUUCUUUUUGUUUUGUUUCAGUUUCACAAAUUCCUCAGUAAAUUCACCAAAACGUCACCGUGCAGUUAUUGAGUCUGUUUAGCUGAUUGGAGAGCUAGCUUCCACAGCUAGUGGGUCCAUGACGAUGACUUCUGUUGUGUGUCAUCAGCCGUUUUACUGCCGUGUUAUAGACACCGUUUGGAAACAAUUAAGGACAGCGACAUCCAGAAGAAAAUCGACCAUGAGAUCAGGAUGCGCGACGGGGCCUGCAAGCUGCUGGCCGCCUGCUCGCAGAGGGACCAGGCCUUGGAGGCGGCCAAGAGCCUGCAGACGUGCAGCACCCGCAUCAUGGCCUACAUGUCCGAGCUGCAGAAGAUGAAGGAGGCGCAGGUCAUGAAGAAGGUCGCGCGGAGGUCGUCGGACGCCGGCCCCAUGGACGCCAGACUACCGUGCAAAGGGAGAGUGGCCAUAUCAGAUCUCCGUAUUCCUCUCAUGUGGAAAGACACGGAGUACUUCAAGAACAAAGGAGAGCUUCAUCGCUGUGCAGUGUUUUGCCUCCUGCAGUUGGGAGGGGAGAUCUUCGACACGGACAUGGUGAUCGUGGACCGCACGCUGACGGACAUCUGCUUCGACAACACAAUAGUAUUCAGUGAGGCCGGCCCAGGGUUCGAGCUGCGCGUGGAGCUGUACAGCUGCUGCUCGGAAGACGACUGCUCGGCGGGGAGCACGCCCAGGAAGCUCGCCAGCAAGCUGAGCUCCUCUUUGGGUCGCUCGGCCGGGAAGAAACUGCGGGCGGCCAUGGAGCCCGGACCCUGCAGUCCUGUCAGCAAUGGAGGGGCAUCGCCUCUUCUGCUGCCCGUUCCUUCUGUGCCGGGCCCCAAGUACCACCUGCUGGCUCAUACCACCCUGUCGCUGUCACACGUCCAGGACAGUUUCCGCACACACGACUUCACCAUCUCCGGCAACGAGGAGUGCUCAUACUGGCUGCCCCUCUAUGGAAGUGUGUGUUGCCGCCUGGCAGCCCAGCCUCACUGUAUGACCAAACAGAUGAUGAGCGGACCUUUGAAGGUGUCGCAGUUGGGAGGUGAGCGCCACAGCUGGACUAACGUGCACGGCGUCCUGAAAGGAAGCAGCCUGUGCUGCUACCAACGACCAGAAGACGUGGAGAACAACGUUGACCCAGCCUUCACUAUCGCCAUCAACAAGGAGACUAGGAUAUGCGUGACGGAAAAGGACGCUCAGGGCAAAGCUCAGAACGUUUGCGUCAGUAACCAGUAUGGAGGUGAAGAGGUCACGCACACACUGACCACAGGCGAUGGAGAGGAAACACACAGAUGGAUGGAGGCCUUCUGGCAACACUUCUAUGACAUGAGCCAGUGGAAGCAGUGCUGUGACGACUUGAUGAAAAUUGACCAGCCGUCGCCGCGAAAACCAGCCCCUGUCACACCCAAGCAGGGCUCCCUUUACCACGAAAUGGUUAUUGAGUCUUCGGAUGAGUUGGGCAGCAGCGUGUCGGACAUGUUUGCUCGGAGGAUGCAGGAGUUGGAGCUGCGCAGCCAGUGGGGCGCGUCCCCCACCUGGAUGUCCCUGUUUGAGGAGAACCACGGCAGGAGCGCCGCCCACCCUCGCCCGUGCACCCCCCGGCUGGCCGGCCACAGCCCGCUCGACCCUCGCCGCCUCACCCGCAGCCCCGCCAGCCCCCAGCGAGGUCUCCUGUCCUCGGACGCCAGCCUGACGUCGGACAGCGACAGCCACUGCAGCACCAGUCCCUGCUCCCGCCAUCACGGCUGGCCCGAGCUCCCGCCCAGCUUCUCCCUCCUGACGUCCUCCUCGCCUUCCCGCCUGAGGCCUCGCACGCUGUCCCUAGACGCUAAACUGAGUACGCUGCGGGGGAGGGGCUACGCAGGGGGCGGGGCCUUCCACUGCACCUGCCAGCCCGCCGCCGCCCCCGCCGCCUCCUCGCGGUCGCCGCUGUCCCAGCGCAGCACGCAGACCACGCUGUCCUGCUCCAGCUCCACGUCCAGCAGCAGCUCCAGCAACAGCGAGGGAGGACACAGUCCCGAGUCUUCGGAGUGCGCCGCCUUCUCUCGGCCCUCGCCGGCCCGCCGCAGCCUUAGGAACCUCAGGGCCAGACUGGACCCUCGCAACUGGCUCCAAAGUCAGGUGUGACCUCCCGAGUGGGCUCGUCCAUGAUCAUGUGACUCCUGGGGUGUUUAUAGGACAAGACCAGACUGGUGACAAUCACUAUGAUUAUGACUAUGAUUGUGAUAACGAUUAUGAUUAUGACUAUGAUCAUGAUUACGAUUAUGAUCAUUACUAUGAUCAUGAUCUUUAAUAUGAUCACGAUUAUAGUCAUGAUCAUUAUUAUGAUUGUGAUCAUGAUUAUGACUGAUUGUUUUUUAUAAUCAUGAUGAUGAUCAUGAUUUUAUAAUCGUGAUUAUUAUUGUUGUGAUUACGAUUAUGAUCAUGACUAUGAUUAUGACUAUGGUCAUGAUUAUAUCAUGAAUAUGAUCAUGAUCACGAUUAUGGUCAUGAUCAUUAUUAUGAUUAUGAUUGUGAUCAUGAUUAUGAUUGUGAUCAUGAUUAUGACUGAUAAUUUGUAUAAUCAUUAUGAUCGUGAUUUUACAAUCGUUAUUAUAGUUGUGAUUAUGAUUGUGAUUAUGACUAUGAUAAUUUUUAUAAUCAUGAUUAUGAUCGUGAUUUUACAAUCGUGAUUAUGACUAUGGUUGUGAUUAUGAUUGUGAUGAUCAUGAUUAUAUCAAGAAUAUGAUCACAGUUAUGGUCAUGAUCAUUAUUUUGAUUGCAAUCAUGGUUAUGAUUGUGAUCAUGAUUACGACUAUGAUCGUUUUUAUAAUCAUGAUUAUGAUCGUGGUUUUCCAAUCGUGAUUAUGAUGAUCAUGAUCGCGAUUAUGAUUAUGAUCACGAUUAUGAUCAUGACUGUGAUUAUGAUUAUAUCAUGAAUAUGAUCAUAAUUAUGAUCAUGAUCACGAUUAUGGUUAUGAUCAUUAUCGUGAUUAUGAUUAUGAUCACGAUUAUGAUCAUGACUGUGAUUAUGAUCAUGAUUAUAUCAUGAAUAUGAUCAUAAUUAUGAUAAUGAUCACGAUUAUGGUUAUGAUCAUUAUUAUGAUUGUGAUCAUGAUUAUGACCGUUUUUAUAAUCAUAAUUAUGAUUGUGAUUUCACAAUCGUGAUUAUGAUCACGAUUAUGAUAAUGACUAUGAUUAUGAUAAUGACUAUGAUUAUGAUCAUGAUUAUAUCAUGGAUAUGAUCAUGAUCACGAUUAUGGUCAUGAUCAUUAUUAUGAUUGUGAUCAUCAUUAUGACUGUGAUCGUUUUUAUAAUCAUGAUUAUGAUCGUGAUUUUAUCAUCGUGAUUAUGAUGAUUAGGGUUAUUAUGAUUGUGAUUAUGAUUGUGAUUACGAUUAUGAUCGUGAUUAUGAUGUCACGACUGGGAGGUACUCGCCCACUUUGACACUUUGCUGCUUGCUGUUACUCUUCUACCUUCACUUCUUUCAACUGGAAACUCUUUUUUUUUUUUUUUUUUGUAUGUUUUGCCCUCCUCAUCAUCCACCUGCAGUAUUUCUGGGACUACACGGUGUACUUUCUGAAAAAGAUGUCUAUAUGUUUGCCACCAUCAAACGUCAGCAUGUGUCAGAAUGUGUUUCAAAGGUGUCCAUCUCUUGCCAAGACUGUGAUCUCUAACUAUUUAAUAAUAAUAAUAAUAAGUAUGAUGUUAUUCUUAUUUUCCCCACACACGUUUUGUUGGCGCUUUUACUGACCUGAGAUUGUCAUUAUAAGGAAAGGGAAAAAAGCAGUAUUAGGGCCAUGAAGAGAAUUAAUUAAUUAUAUAUAUAUAUAUAUAUAUAU